AUGCGGGACCUGCUGGACAGUCUGGACAGCAGCGUUGUAGAUCACCGAAUAGCCUGGGGACGUUAUAUCGACGUCUUGAAUUUCCUUGGCUUGGAACAACUCCCUUUAGAAAUCCACCAGCGCGUCCUUCGAGGGUGUGUCCCCACCGUCACAAUGAUGCGGUCGUCCAGCGCUAAGCAACUGCGUACACGAUACUAUCCGAGCGAGCCACACGAGUACGAAUCGCGUUUCCAGUCUGUCAUUCGCAAUAUCCGGUCGGCUGGAGAGAUUCCGACCGUGGAUGACUUCAACUUCAUACUGGAGCACUUUGCGGCGGUGGGGCAUUAUUUGGGGUCGCGUUGGGUUAUCAAGGAGAUGGCUUUCCUCAAUGUCGAACCUCGAACAAAGACGUACGGUCUGUGUUUACAGGCUUUGGCACAUCGCUUGCGGCUCCCGUGCGCAGAGGAAUUGCGACCACGGCUGUUGGAAGAUGUGACUGCAACCUGCAGGGAGUUCAUCAACGAUAUGUGGGCCAAUAAUAAGCCAUUCACUUCAGUCAACAUGGACCUGGCUAUACGAAUCCUACGAGAAGUGUCCGACGACGAAGGCUUUGACCGAUUGCUCAAACUCGGCUACGGCAUAGAUCUUUCCUUCCCCGACGGAAUGCCUGCGGAACUCACAGAUCGAGAGAUAGCAACUGCUGUGUCACAAGGAGCUAAACCCACUAGGCCAUCCCUUCAACCUCUUUCGACCGCAGCACUUAAUACCAUCGUCGACACCUUAGGACGUUCAGGUCGAAUAUCUAAAAUGGUGCUUGCGUUCGAAGUCUUGACCCAACCACUUCCUCAGACAUCGACGCCGCCUUCCUCUUUCGAGGAUGAAGAGGACGACAAUUUCCCCCAAUCAUCUUCCUUCCUCCCACAAUACCGGUUCCCCCAUGCCAAACCUAACAUCACGACGUAUAACAUGCUUGUUAGACAUGCAGCUAAGGCGGGACACGCAGUCUUUGCGCGACACUACGUACUGCAAGCGCUAGAACAGGAUCGAAUCGAAGACAGGCGUGUGCGUGGAGACGUUCUGCGUCUUCCUCUAGAUUCAAUAGUCGCGCCUAGUCUAGCCGUUAAUAGGGGCACUCUCCUUCCAAUCUUUGGCGAGGCGAAUCGAGACAAGAACAUCGAGCUUAUGCGGUUCACGCACAAAGCAAUUGAACGCAUUCUGCGGCGGAAAAAUGCGGAUAUCCUGUAUUACGAAGAGUGGAAGGUUACAAGACUGGGCGAGGAGUCUGAUGGUAUCGAAGCAGAAUUCGUCUCUGAGACCCAAGAGGAAGGGAUCGGCAUAGACGAUUCUGUCGAUUCUGUUGAUUCUGUCGCUCCACUCUCAUUUUUUACUCCGUCUACCUUAACCGACUCCGCCCCAUCACCUACACUAUCAUUGCCUGAUGUCGAUUCGGACACACCGGCUAUCUCACCACCGCCAGCUCCGAAGGUCUUCAAUGUUAACCUUCACCUCGAUAUCCUAUAUCGUGACAGAGCCGAACUCGAGGAACUUUUGAACCGCGUUAACGAUGUUCUGAGUCGUACGCUUCAGCGCGUUAAAGAGCGGCUAGGGAGACGGGUGUGGGGAGCGAAGGACAUCUAUCUUGCGACCCAAGGUCGGUCGCAGGUAUCGCGAGAGCACUGGAGGAAGAUUGUUAGGUAUAAGGAUGUAAUACGACCACAACGCUCAUCUACAACCGCACGGUCUGGAGCACGGACGUCGUCGUCUCGUCAGCAAUGGCACUCGCCAUCGCCAUCAUAG